CGGGCUCUGCCCCCCAGAUCAUGCCCACCCGAGGCAGGAUGGAACCCAGGCAUCCUGGCUCCCAACCCCUCCCACUCUAACCCCAACUCCCCCACUCCCCUCCCUGAGGGGGAGAGAACCCAGGUGUCCGGGCUCUGCCCCCCAGACCGUGCCCACCCGAGGCGGGAGGGAACCCAGGCGUCCUGGCGCUCACCCCGUGUCUCCCGCAGGCCGGGAUGACGGGCAUGGCCGACAACCACCGGGAGAGCUGGGCGGGGCUGAUUGCGGAGGCCGAGCGGUACCGGCGCCGGACGGGGAACGAGGUGGUUCUGAUCACGGCGUUCCGGGCCCCGCAGCCAGGCGGCUUCGCCUACGCCCAGCACGGCUGCGGGGCCCUGGGCGACGCCGCCCGCCGCUACCUGGAGGACAUCGCCGUCGUCCACAAGACCACGGCUUUCAGCUACGCUGCCCGGCCCCCGCCCGCCGCCCGGCCCCCCCCCAGCCCCUACUCCCGCAGCUGCCCCCCCCAGGACCCGCCCGCCGGCCCCCACUGGACAGCGGGCGCCCAGGGGGCCCCGGCCGAGGCCGCGGGGGCGCAGGAGGAAGAGUUGGAGGAAGAAGAGAAAAACGUGAUGGCGCCCAGGGAGGUGGAGGCACCCGGGAAGCAGCAGCAGCCCCCCAGCGACACCACGGGUCUCUUUGUGAUGGACGAGGACUCCCCCAGCCAGGACUACGAACCCUUCUUCGAUUCGGACCCAGAGAGCACUGACGACGGCAGCCUGAGCGAGGAGGCGCCCGCCCAGCCCCCGCCCGCCCCCCCCAACCACCAGUACGCCAAGUCGCUGCCCGUCUCCGUGCCCGUCUGGGCCUUCCGGCAGGCGGGGCCUGAGCCGCGCUCGUCCGACGAGGAGAAUGCCAAGCACUCGUCCCCGGACCUGGAGAAGAUCGCGGCCAGCAUGCGGGCGCUGGCCCUGCGCGGCUCCGACGGCACCGAGAUGUUCGGGGACCUGCCCCGCCCCCGCCUCAACACCGGGGACCUCCAGAAACUGCAGCGGAAAUAUUGACCCCCCCCCCCGGCCGGGGGAGGGGCCCCACCAGCCUGGGGCCCCCCGCCAGCGCCCCCUCCCUUGGACACUACACCCCCUGACCUGACAGCAGGGCAGGGGGAAUCCCCCCCCCGGCCCCAAACGGGCCUGCGGUGACAGAGGCUCCGUGGGGCCCAGCGAGCCGGUGGAACUACCCGCCACCGCAUCUAAGCUGCUCAUGCUACAGGAUUUGCCGGAAGGUGAUGUGCGGGGGGGCACACAGGGCUCCCCCUCUCCAUCCCCCCCCCCACAGCAGCAGAUGUCGGGGAGCCCCUCCGGUCCCCCCAGCACUACAGCGAAUGAGAGGGGAGCCCCCUGCACACACUACAGGGGACGCUGCCCCCUCUCCCCCAAGUGUCUUAAUAGGUUGUUUUGUAAGCCCCUGUUUGCACAUGAGCUGUUCCCCCUGGAAAGGGGGGGGCAGCUUCCCCCAACCCCCUCAUGGGGGGGGGGGGGCUCUGCUGUCAGCCUCCAGCAGAGAGUUAUACACCUCCCUGAACUGACACCCUCAUUUUGGGGGGGAACUGCCCCCUCCUUUGAGAGGACAGGCAGGGGCCGGCUUUCGGGGGGGGGGGGGCUCCCCCGGCCUCAGUACCUGGCCCGGACCCCCCACCCCCUCUUUUGUACCAGAUGCUCAGGGGCCCUGGCCCCGCCCCUUUAUUUUUGUCCAAAGAUGAUUGGUGGGUCAGGGCGCGGGGAGCCCCGCCCCUCCAUCCCUUGUUGGCCAAUAAAGAGAUGCUGACUUUUACCA